AUGAUGAUGAUGGCUCUGAGCAGACAGUUUCGGCGGAGAAGCAGGUGAGUUCUGGAGGAGGACGGCGAGUUCUACAUGAUCGGGUCGGAGGUGGGGAACUACUUGCGCAUGUUCCGGGGGUCUCUGUACAAGAGGUACCCCUCCCUGUGGAGGCGCCUUGCCACCGUGGAGGAGAGGAAGAAAAUUGUGGCGUCAUCACAUGGUAAAAAAUCCAAACCUAGCGCUAAGGGUGCGUCUUACCUCACCCUGGCCACCAGUGUGACCCUGCUGAAAGCCUCUGAGGUCGAGGAGAUACUCGACGGCAAUGACGAGAAGUACAAGGCCGUGUCCAUCAGCACGGAGCCUCCCACCUACCUCAGGGAACAGAAGGCCAAGAGGAACAGCCAGUGGGUGCCCACGUUGCCGAACAGCUCCCACCACCUGGACGCCGUGCCCUGUUCCACCACCAUCAACAGGAACCGCAUGGGCCGAGAUAAGAAGAGGACCUUUCCUCUCUGCUUCGAUGACCACGACCCUGCGGUGAUUCACGAGAACGCAUCCCAGCCCGAGGUUCUGGUCCCUAUUAGGCUGGACAUGGAGAUAGACGGGCAGAAGCUGAGGGAUGCUUUCACAUGGAACAUGAACGAGAAGCUGAUGACCCCCGAGAUGUUCUCAGAGAUCCUCUGUGACGACCUCGACCUGAACCCCCUCACCUUCGUCCCCGCCAUCGCCUCGGCCAUCCGGCAGCAGAUUGAGUCCUACCCCACCGACAGCCUCCUGGAGGACCAGUCGGACCAGCGAGUCAUCAUCAAGCUGAACAUCCACGUGGGCAACAUCUCCCUGGUGGACCAGUUCGAGUGGGACAUGUCGGAGAAGGAGAACUCCCCGGAGAAGUUUGCGCUGAAGCUCUGCUCCGAGCUGGGCCUGGGGGGCGAGUUCGUCACCACCAUCGCCUACAGCAUCCGUGGCCAGCUCAGCUGGCACCAGAAGACCUACGCCUUCAGUGAGAACCCUCUGCCCACCGUGGAGAUCGCCAUUCGCAACACCGGCGACGCCGACCAGUGGUGCCCCCUCCUGGAAACCCUGACAGACGCCGAGAUGGAGAAGAAAAUCCGGGACCAGGACAGGAACACCAGGAGGAUGAGGCGCUUGGCCAACACUGCGCCCGCCUGGUAGCCGCCCGCCGGCCCUCACCGUCACGGCUCUGAAGAUGGGGCCAGAGGAGGCUGCAGGGAGGGGGCCGUCGCGCUGCCCUGCCCAGCCUGGCCGAGGACGCCGUCCCUGGCCCAGCUUGGGGGAGGUACAGGAAGGCCGUCGGGUCCGCUCCUGUUUGUGUGUAUAGGUGCCCCGGGCACGGCUAGGAAGGUUUUUUAAAUAAAGAAUCUGGGACGUUCACUUCCUUAGCA